AUGAGGACGGGCGUUAUCAUCCAUCAGGAUGUAGUCAGGGCCAACAGCUCCAGCGUAAGGUCUGACGUAAACAUCGAGGAUAUCAUCCAGAAAGAACAACGGAGCAUAUUGAAUGCCAUGGUUGAAGGCAAAGACUGUUUGGCCAUUUUGCCAACUGGUUUUGGCAAAUCGCUGCCUUUUCAAGUCUUCAUUCCACUUAUGCGCGAGAUGAACCCCGGAUUUAGUGCUGUGAUAUUAGUCUGCUGUCCUUUAGUUGCACUAAUGCAGGGCCAGGUGAAGAAAAUAUCAACUGUACCGGGUAUAUCGGCAGCGUACAAAGGUUUAAGUGAAGAAAGUGACAGGCAGAUACUCAGUGGGGAAAUAUAUGUCAUCUAUGCAUCUCCAGAAUCUUUGAUAAGUAAUGCUGUUUGGAGAGAAGAUAUGAAGAAAUUGAAUAUACAAAACAUAGUCAUUGAUGAAUUUCAUACGAUUGCAACAUGGGGUGAAGACAGAAUGGGUUCAAAGAAACAAGCAUUUAGGAAGUGGUUUUCGCAUGUGGGAGAAUUAAGAUUUUUAUUUCCAAAAGCCAGUGUUAUCGCACUAAGCGCAACAUCUACAGUAAAAAUUCAGAAAAGAGUUUCAAAGCACUUGUCGUUUGGACCAAACACAGUAGAAAUUGUUAUGUCUCCAAAUAAAGCUAACGUAAAACACUCAAUAUUGAAAGUAUCCAGUGAUCUUGAAAUGACAAUGUCCUGGCUUGUGGAUGGAAUUCAACAUUUGCAGAGUGACUUUCCCAAAACAUUAUGGUACUGUUCUAGCAUUAAUGCUGUUUCUAAACUUUACACUUAUCUCAUUAAGGAGCUGCAUGGCACAAGUCCUCUUAUUGAACUGUUUCAUUCAGAAACACCCAUUGCCAAAAAAACUGAAAUUGUCAAUUGCUUAAGUGACCAGAAUAACACUUCAAAAAUCAGACUAGUGAUUUGUAUCACUGCAUUAGGGAUGGGUAUUGAUGUGUCCCAUUGCAACAGUGUAAUUCUGUUCGGAAUACCCGAAAAUAUUGUAGACUUAGUGCAAGAAAUAGGGCGCAUUGGAAGAGAUGGGGAGUCAUCAACUGCCCUUAUUUUGUUUAACGCCUAUCAUCUGCGUAGACUUGACAAAUCCAUCAAAGAUAUCCUACGUUCACCUACUUGUAGACGAAUAAACAUUACGAAACAAUUUUUGAGUGAAUCCAAUUUAAGUGAACUUGAACAGGACGUUAAAAAACAAACAUGCUGCGAUGUGUGCCACAAACUUCGUAGUUGUGGCAAUUGUGAAUAUCUUUCCUUGGAGAAACUUUUUGAACAGAGUGUCAUUUCCAACUCAGGCAGUAAUGAGACUGAAUAUUAUUUUGGAAGUUCAGAUAAUGACUUCUUAGAUGGCACACUUGACUUAAAUUCAUGUUAUGUCUGA